CGGGAAGAUCUUUAUAAUAAUGUAGACAAGAGUUGACCAUAAUUGUGCAGCAACAUAUGCGUAUUUUAUACGAACAAUAAAGAUCAACGAGAUGUUCUAUAUGAUCGAUUGGCAUCAUCUACCGGAAAAAUUGGCCCUAGCUAUCGUGUUAUUGAUUGCAAUGUCCAAUUUGUCGAUCAAAUUUAUCAUCGGAAAUCUCAUAGAAUUUUCUUUAAGCAGUUUUGGUAAUUUUCGUAAAAUAUACAUCGAUUGAUCAAACAGUCUCGCAAGGAAAAAAAGAUACAGCAAGAAAAGCAAGAUACAGGUAAAUACAGAUUUAAUAAAUAGAGGACGUUCAAACUUACAGAGAAAUGUAAUAUCUUUUCGUAACUUUUCUUUUUUCUUCUUCCAUGUCUCUUUAAAUUUUUCUAAAACAAUAUAAUUGUAUCUUCUUGUGAAAUACGAAGCACCGUGCGAAAUAUUUAUUAUUCAUUUAAACAUUUCAUACGUUGCGGUUAUGAAUAUGAAAGUAUUAUGGCAGAGAAAACGAUAACUUAUCUUUCACGUAAUAAAAACAGAUUUAUUUCCAUAUUUAUUCUAUUCAAGACAGUGCAGUUGAGAAUAUUUAUCUUUUAGCAUAAAAGACCAUAUUACGCGAAUGAAUAAUGCACCAUGUUUUCACAUAGCAUGAUGUAUAACUGACAGUAACUUGUUCAGCCGUUUCCGUCUCUAUUAUUCCGUAUACCGUGAAUUACGUUGAGACUCGAUGCAACAAGUUGUGAGUAAUAUAAGUAUCGAUUACGUGUAUUGUCACAGUCAGCCGGCACAGUAACGUCUCGUUCCCCGUCAGCAAUAAACCAUGCAACCGCGCAAGCGCUGCUCUAACUAUUACUUGCCGUUCAGACUCACAGUCAGUGGUCGAGACUAGUACUUGGCGCACCUGCGGUUAAUCCGAACACAAUGCGUUCUCUCGGCACACACGAGACCACGCUAGACGUUCCUAAACAAAAUAACAAUUACAGUUUACAAUUCAAUCGUUGGUUCUUGAAGCCGAUAGGCGCUUGGCCGGAAUUACCCACAUGUUCGGCUACCGAAAGAACUGUGUCGAAAAUUCUCAGAUUAAUAUGUCACACUUUAAUAGCUCUCACAGUGAUACCCUCCAUACUAUACAUACUGCUCGAAGAGAAGGACAUCCGCCUGAAGUUGAAAGCUGUAGGACCAACGAGUCAUUGGCUCAUGGGUGGAUUAAAUUACUGCUCACUGUUGUAUCAGAAGAAGCAGAUACGUAGAUCUAUCGAUCAUAUGGAAAUGGAUUGGCGAAUGGCUAAGAGAGAGUUGGAUCGGAAAAUGAUGCUGAGGAACGCCAGAGUCGGACGUGCUAUCGCAGGUCUCUGCGCACUUAUCAUGCAGGGUGGUAUUUUCUCGUAUAACGUGGCGAGAGGAACGUCACCGAUACUCGUGGUGAUCGGCAACGAGACGGUCAUGAUUGGUCGCUUACCGUGUCCAUCCUUCAAUAAGAUCGUGGAUACCAGAUUCAGUCCGGUGUAUGAAGUCGUGCUCACGUUGCAGUGCCUCUCGACCAUCGUGGUGAACAACACGACGGUCGGUGCGUGCGGAUUAGCCGCGGUUUUCGCGAUGCACGCCUGCGGUCAGCUCAAUGUAGUGAUGUCGCGACUCGAAGAGCUAGACGGUAAAGAAGAGGGAUGCCACGUCGUUCAAAGAAAGUUAGCGAACCUCAUUGAGCGACAUCUGCGAGCAUUAAGGUUUCUCUCACGCAUGGAAAUAAUAAUGCGACAAGUGUGUUUCGUGGAGUUAGUCGGGUGUACGUUCAACUUAUGUAUGCUAGGAUAUUACACCAUUACGGAAUGGCACGAGGAAAGCACAAACACUUUAAUAACGUACAUCAUUGUAUUCACGUCGAUGAUGUUCAAUAUUUUUAUAUUUUGCUACAUCGGUGAUCUCGUUACGGAACAGUGUAAAAAAGUCGGUGAGGCUGCUUAUAUGACAAAUUGGUAUCAAUUACCACGUAAAACUGUGCUUGGUCUGAUAUUAAUAAUUUUGCGGUCAAGCAUUGUUAUUAAAAUCACCGCCGGAAAGAUAUUUCAUAUGUCGAUUCCUACUUUUGGUACGGUAAUUAGGACAUCUAUGGCAUAUUUGAAUAUGCUUAGAACUUUGACCGUAUAAAUAUCAUAAAAUAUUUACAAAGCAAACAUUGUAAAAUACAACAUUAGCUUAACUCAUUGCAUAAUAAACAUUUUGCACUUAA